AGCUUUAUCUGUGGUCGUUCCCGUGUGCUGAUAGGUCGCUGCUCAGUGGUCGCAGUAUGGACUAUGGAAUAUAUGGCGGUAUAUACGUAUUAAAUGAUCAACGCUGACACAUUCGCGCUCUACAGUAGUCAGUAGCUGCACUGUCUCAAUAUGGCUACAAGUGAAGUGAAUGGAACUACAGAUUGCUCCGAAAAGUGCCAGAGCCUCAUUGCUCGUUCUUUUGAAAUACAUGAACAGUUUUUAGAAAAAGAGGCCAAUUUGUUGAAGAAGCUCAAAGAGCUGGAAAUGAAGGUAAAGGAACAAAAGGAUAAACUCGGGGAGCUACGUGAAUGUCAGAAAGAGAUGGAAAUGAAAGAGAGAGAGGAGGAUGCUGCAACAGAUUCUUUAAAGCAUGAGAUGAAAAUUUUAAAAGACAAGAAGCACAAACUUGAAAAUAAGAGAGAGAUGCUGAAGAACAAAAUAGAAGCGUUAAAAAAUUUUCAGCCAUCGGCUGAGGACGCUGCCAAUUUACAGUUAUGUCGGCUCAAAUACCAACUCUACAAGGACAUAACUGGAGUGCGCUGGGAUUAUAAAGCUAAUGCACCUCAGGGCUAUGUUUUGAAUAAGAAGACUCACUAUGUGAAACCAUUUUCACAGGAAUCUCCCAAUGAAGAUAAGUUGUGGGAGGAAAUUGCAAAAGCCAGCACUGCAGACUGGAGUGCUUUUUCUUGUGAAUGAAUCAUGAAACACCUUGAAAAAUACUUACACUUUUAUAUUUCCAUGGCAUUUAAUAUAUUUUAUCUAUUCAAGUAUAUAGCCCACUGAAUAAACUUUAACAACAGCUGAAUUAACCA